UUUUCGCUGUCCUUUUCUGUAUCCUUGACGAUUUCAUCAUUUAAAAUGAAAUAAUGGUUUUCGGGCCCACCCUGAUUUGUGGAGAGCAGCUGCCGCCGCCGCCACAUCAAGGGGGCGGGUCCGGCAGACGCUACAAUUACUUCCGGCGCCGCAGUCGCCGCCCCCCUGCUGCUGUCUGGCGGGGGAGGAGCCCAAAACCCGGGAGCAGCGGCUCUAGCGGUCUCGGCGGCGGUCGGAGGUCUUGGCGGUUGGAGGUCCAGAUCUCUGCUCCUCUGAAGAGCGUGUCGCUGUCUGGACUGGGUCUACACCUGACAGUGACUGGAAUACUACUCCAGGCCUUAGAAGAAAGCGAAACUAAUUUUAAAGGUCCCUUAUUCUUUAUGUUACCUGCCUGCUGAAGUGAAAAUAAACCUCCCUCCUCCUUUAUUCUGAACUGAUUUGACUUUCCCAUCUCAAAAAAAGUGUGCAGGGAGCACGAGCCUUUCCACCUGAGCCCCAGCUGUAUUGGAAACCCUUCUAAGUCAGAGCAAUGGGUCAGGAAUCUAGCAAGCCUGUAUGGCCCAAACCAGCAGGAGGGUAUCAAUCCAGUACAGGCAGGAGGUAUGGAAGAAGGCAUGCUUAUGUCAGUUUCAGGCCAUCGAUGAGCCAGCAGGAAAGGAUUGCCAGCCAGAGAAAGACGACCUCCGAAGUCCCAAUGCACAGAUCAGCCCCCAGUCAAACCACCAAGAGGAGCCGCUCACCAUUUUCCACUACUCGGCGUAGUUGGGAUGACAGUGAGAGCUUGGGAACCAGCCUGAGUGUUGAUAAUGAGGAGUAUUCCAGGUAUCCACCAAGAGAGUACAGAGCUUCGGGUAGCAGAAGAGGCAUGGCUUUUGGACAUAUUGACUCUUACGGGGCAGAUGAUAGUGAGGAGGAGGGGGCUGGGCCUGUUGAGCGACCUCCAGUGAGAGGGAAAACUGGCAAGUUUAAAGAUGAUAAGCUGUAUGACCCAGAGAAAGGGGCAAGGUCUUUGGCUGGGGCACCUCCACAGUUCUCUAGUUUUAACCGUGAUGUGAGAGAGGAGCUUGAUAAGUUAGAUCCAGCCUCUGCAGCAAGAUGCUGUGCUAGCAGAGCUGAGUUCCUGCAGCAAAAUAGUGUGGCCUCACAGUUAUCUCCAGCUGAAGGCAAGGUGGCAACAAAUGGUGACAGCUUGGAGAGGGAGAGAUGGGAGCAGAAUUUGCCUGCACGUCCCAGCAGGGCUCCUGUGAGUAUUUGUGGUGGUGGGGAAAACACCCCAAAGAGUGCAGAGGAACCGGUGGUGAGGCCCAAAAUCAGAAAUCUGGCCAGUCCAAACUGUGUGAAACCCAAAAUAUUUUUUGAUACUGAUGAUGAUGACGAUAUGCCACAUAGUACUUCCAGGUGGAGGGAUGCCGCCAAUGCUGAUGGAGGCCGCUUGGAUGGCCUAGGAAGAAGAGGCAGGGGCGAGAGUUCAAGUGGCUACUCUGAGCCAAAGUACCCCGAAGACAAGAGGGAAGUGAGGAGUGACCAAGUGAAACCAGAAAAGGUGGCAAGACGGCGACGCACCAUGGCUGACCCUGACUUCUGGACGUACAGUGAUGAUUACUACAAAUACUGUGAUGAAGACUCUGACAGUGACAAAGAGUGGAUUGCUGCUCUUCGUCGGAAGUAUCGAAGUCGAGAGCAAACCCUGUCCUCCAGUGGUGAAAGCUGGGAGACCCUGCCCGGGAAAGAAGAGUGUGAACCUCAGCAAGCUAGGGUGAGUGCCGAUGCCAGUGCCAGUCCUGGUGCGAGUGCCAGCACCGGCUCCGGCGCCAGUGUCAGUGCUGGUGCCAGCGCUGGCAGUGAUGGCAGCAGUUACCUUGAAGAAGUUCGAGAACCAUCUCUUCAGGAAGAGGAGCAGACAUCCCUGGAAGAAGGAGAAAUUCCUUGGCUGCAGUACAAUGAGAAUGAGAGUAGCAGUGAGGGGGAUAAUGAUUCUGGUCAUGAGUUGACGCAGCCUGGGGUAUUCAUGCUGGAUGGAAACAACAACCUCGAAGAUGACUCCAGUGUGAGCGAAGACCUGGAAGUGGAUUGGAGCCUCUUUGAUGGAUUUGCAGAUGGGUUAGGAGUGGCUGAAGCCAUUUCCUAUGUGGAUCCUCAGUUCCUCACCUACAUGGCACUGGAAGAACGCCUGGCCCAAGCAAUGGAAACUGCCCUUGCGCACCUGGAGUCUCUCGCGGUGGAUGUAGAGGUGGCCAAUCCACCAGCGAGCAAGGAGAGCAUCGACACUCUUCCCGAGAUCCUGGUCACUGAAGAUCAUGGUGCAGUUGGUCAGGAGAUGUGCUGUCCUAUCUGUUGCAGUGAAUACGUGAAGGGGGAGGUGGCAACUGAGCUGCCAUGCCACCACUAUUUCCAUAAGCCGUGUGUGUCCAUCUGGCUUCAGAAGUCAGGCACAUGCCCCGUGUGCCGCUGCAUGUUCCCUCCCCCACUCUAAAGACCAAGGCUGUUUACUCCUGGUCUAAUUAUUUUCCCCAUCUGAAAUCCACAAUACUGCAGGAGCCCUCUCAAAAUUAACAAUGGAAAUGAAACCAAUCGGCCACUUAGACUAAACCUGUUGAUUCCUUGUGAUGAUUUCCAAUGUGAAACGGUUGUGUAUGAUUGCAUUACAAAUCACAUCAUCUUUUAGAGGUUAGAAAGGGAAAACUAAACUUUCUAAACGCUACUUGAGAUUGCAGUAAGAACAUUUUCUAAUCUGAAAGUUGAAAUAAGUUGCAUUUGUUUUCUUAAGUAGAAUAUGUUGCUAUUAAUUGUAAUGUCAAGUUUAUUAAAUAUGUCAAAAAUGCAAAAUCAUUUUUGUUGCAUGUUAUAGGUUAAUGUUCCUGUAAUUGCAGUGCUGUAAAAGCUUAUUAAAGUUCUUUUGGUUUUACAUGGUA